UACGUGUGGGACAGAAUUUUGGGAGGAUUCAAACACAAGAAUUUCCGGACAAGAGAAGGAAUUUGCCUCUGCCUUAUUGCAACUCUCAAUGCAUCUGGAGCUCAGAGUUUAACCUUGAGCAAGAUUGUGCCCCAUAUAUGUAACUUGCUUGGUGACCCAAACAGCCAGGUUCGUGAUGCAGCAAUAAAUAGUCUUGUAGAAAUCUACAGACAUGUAGGUGAACGUGUAAGAGCUGAUCUCAGCAAAAAGGGAUUGCCACAGUCUCGGCUGAACAUCAUUUUUACAAAAUUUGAUGAAGUCCAGAAAUCCGGCACCAUGAUUCAAGGAGCUGGUG